GGGAGGCGAUGGUGAAGGUGGGGGGUGCGGUCACAGGACUGACAACUGGCACACAGUCAGGUGUUGGUCCAUACUAUGUCUGCAGGGCAACAGUGUGAGUUUGACAUGCAAACACCAGGCAGAGAUUUUAACCAUCAAAGUGGUCACAACAGCUUAGUAGACAUGGUGGACACCCAGCAGCUCCUAGCCUGGCCUGUGGGAUUCAGUCUGAGCGCCGUGGACCUGUCAGAGUUGGAUGACAGCUCCCACUCCCUGGAAAUGAAGCAUUUGUCCACGUUAGACUAUGCCUCCAUCUCCUCCUCCUCCGUCCCUUCCUCAAUGUCCCCCCCACUCGUUUCCUGCGUCGCCUCUGCCGGUAUGGCCUAUGACCCCAGUCCGCCGCAAAGCGAAGAACACCUGACCAACUUAGACUACACCAACAUGCACAGCUACAGGACUGAGUACGGCAUGCACAACUCAAUCAAGCUGGAGCCGGAGUCGCCGCCUCAGUACUCAGACAGCCCCGUGUUCUCCAAGCACCAGGACGAUACGUCGACCACAGCUCUAAACAUCGAGUGUCGGGUGUGUGGCGACAAAGCAUCAGGGUUUCACUACGGUGUCCAUGCCUGUGAGGGCUGUAAGGGUUUCUUCAGGCGCACAAUCAGGUUAAAGUUGGUGUACGAUCACUGUGAGCUUCACUGUCGCAUUCACAAGAAGUCUCGCAACAAGUGCCAAUACUGUCGCUUCCAGAAGUGCCUCAAUGUCGGCAUGUCGCACAACGCCAUUCGUUUUGGCAGAAUGCCGCAGGCGGAAAAGGAGAAACUUCUCGCUGAGUUCUCGUCUGACAUGGAGCACAUGCACCCAGAGGCCGCAGAUCUGAGGUCUCUAGCCCGACAUCUGUACGAGGCCUAUCUGAAAUACUUCCCCCUCACCAAGGCCAAGGCCAGGGCCAUCCUCUCUGGGAAGAACGGAGAUAACUCACCUUUUGUCAUCCAUGACAUGAAAUCUCUAAUGGAAGGAGAGCAGUUCAUUAAUUGUAAGCAGAUACCAAAUCAGGAGCAGCAACAGCCAACAUCAGCCCUAACAAUUGGACAUGGAGGUUUCCCUGCAGCUCACUCAGGUUCAGAGUGUGCUAUUUUGGAUGCCGUGGAGCUGCGUUUCUUCUACAGCUGUCAAUCACGCUCGGCUGAAGCGGUUAGAGAAGUGACAGAGUUCGCUAAGAGUAUCCCAGGAUUCAUCGACCUGGAUCUCAAUGAUCAGGUUACCUUACUAAAGUACGGAGUGAUCGAGGUUUUAAUCAUCAUGAUGGCUCCUCUGAUGAACAAAGACGGCACCCUGAUCUCCUACGGGCAGAUCUUCAUGACACGGGAGUUCCUCAAGAGUCUCAGGAAACCUUUCUGUCAAAUGAUGGAACCAAAGUUCGAGUUCUCUGUAAAGUUCAACAUGCUGGAGCUGGACGACAGCGACAUGGCGCUGUUUCUAGCGGUCAUUAUCCUCAGCGGGGACCGUCCCGGCCUGCUCAACGUGAAGCCCAUCGAGCAGCUCCAGGAGACGGUGCUUCACUCGCUGGAGCUGCAACUGAAGCUAAGCCACCCGGACUCUCUGCAACUGUUUGCCAAGCUGCUCCAGAAAAUGACCGACCUGCGUCAGAUCGUCACCGACCACGUCCACCUCAUCCAGCUGCUGAAGAAGACCGAGGUGGACAUGUGCUUACACCCACUGCUGCAGGAGAUCAUAAAGGACUUGUAUUAGAAUGUAUCUGGGGAGACAGACAAGUGGAGAGGAGAGGAGAAAAAGGGAAAAAAAAUAGAGGGAAUAAAUAGAUUUUAUUUUUGAAAUCAUGAGUUGUGAAAUAAAGAGGAGAAAGCUUGAAGAAAAAAAGGAGAUUACCAGACAGGCUGACUGGAAAUAAGAUAGAGAAGGGGAAGAACAGCAAAAAGCCAAAAAGUCAGAAUCAGAGUGUUAAAUCUUGUCUAGACAGCAACAUGUGAGUAAGUUAUGGUGCACGGUCGUUCAGCCCCUGCUGAGCCUGGACAUUUUGUGAAUGAGCUGGCUGCCAAGUGAAAUAUGAAACAAUCACCUAUUGCACCAAUCAGGAUGAGCAACUCUUUUUUCCACUGUAAUAGAGGAGACUUUCUUAUUGGCGAGACGGUGCUUUGAAUGGUGAAAGCUCAUUACCGCACACACUCUAGGAGGAUCAAAGUAUCACUGUGAAUAUUUUAUACCACAUGCUUCAUGUACAGCUCAUCUACACACACGCUACGUUACAACCGUCAUAGGCAGCAGCAGCAGUGUGUGCUUGCCUCCAAACCUCUGUGAACAAGCAAAAACUGCAUGAACGCUUUCUAGUGUCAACACAUUCUCUGUUUGGGCAUCAGGGAGGAAGGUGCUAUUUCUUUUAAAUCAGCUUAAUCCAAAAAUCAGAAAUCGGAUUAUUGCCUGUUCCAUAUUUUAGACUCAGCUACCUGCAGAAACUGUGAGAAGACGUGAAGUACACAUAAGAGGCACAUAACCAGAAAGAUGAAAAAGAUGAAACCGUUUGUGCCUUAUUGUGCCUUUAAGAUUUGCUGUUUGACUCUUGUGUGGAAUUUUUAAAAAACAUGAUCUACAUUAAACAUGUAUAAUGUUAAA